AUCUUUUCAAAACAAAUUUUGCAGUAUUUUUAUAAUUAAUUAGUUCUGGGAUACAAAAAAUAUUCUCUCCAGCAAAUUCUUGAAUCUUUAAUUGUUGUUAUUUUCGAUAAUAUGAGUUCUUCGUCGACGUUCCACAAUCUUGAAAUUAACGUCAUCUCUGCAGAAAAUCUGCAUUUAGACGGAAAACCAGUCAAAAAGGACACGUUUGUUGUAGUAAGAAUCGAUCCCGUUAACUACAAAUCAACGAGAGCUGAUCAUGAAGGAGGAAGAAACCCUAAUUGGAAUGAAAAACUAGAGAUGGACAUGUCAAUGCAUGAUCACUUCAUCUCUUUAGAAGUGCAAUGCAAGAUUGGCUCCGGAAAUAGAGUUAUCGGCAUAGCUAGGGUUCCUGUUUCUGAUUUUAUGGACGGUUACUCGCCGUUAAAUUAUUUGCACUUCUUGAGCUAUAGGUUAAGAGAUUCAAGGAACGUGAGGAAUGGUAUUAUAAACGUUUCUGUUAAAGUUAAGAGUAUGGCUGGUUCUGUAAAUCCGUCAAUGAAAAGGAAUUUACAGCCGGCUGUAAAAGGAUAUAAUACGGCGUCGUCGUCUUCGGGGAAACAGCAAAUUUGGGGAGUUCCUGCGCGUGACAAGAAUUGUUACGAUGGAGGAGUUGUGACUGGUAUUCCAGUUUGGGGUGCAUCUCGUGCUUAGGGUUUUUGUAAAUCUCUUUACAUUCUUUUACAUAUUAGUCUUAGGGCUAACUGCUGAUUUGCUUGCCUGGAAAUCAUAAUUUAUUGUAGAUAUAUACAGCCAGAAUAUAAUUGAUAAUCAGUAUUUAAUUUGUUCGAAAAUAAAUAAAUGAUACUAUUAUAUAAUUUUCUUAUGAUUA